GUUGAGGCUGCAUAUGACAUGUUGCUCAUGCAGAGUUUAUCACAACGCAGGGCUGGGAAGGUUGUAAAUCGUAGCAUCCUGUAUGCUGAUGCUAAACCUGCUAGGAGUGCAGGAGCAGGUGCAAUGCCAAAAUGGCUACAGACAAUGGUCAAGAAUGUUCCUGUUUCAGUUGAAGGUCCAUCUACUGGCAAUGUGGGUGUACAGGCUGGGGUUUAUGGAGCCUUGAUGGUUUUCACAUUUGUUAGUGGUACCUCCACAUCUUCAGCUGGGACAUACACCGGGGCCGAUGUUGCUGGGUUAAUUUUGGCUACAAGCUUUGGAGCUUCAUUAUACUUUUUGACCAAGAAGAGCAUUAGCCUAGGAAAAGCGACAAUUAUUACUUUGGGGGGGCUUGUUGUGGGUGCAGUGAUAGGAUCAGCAGUUGAGAAAUGGUUGCAGGUGGAUAUAGUCCCCUUUUAUGGCAUCCAUUCACCUGCAGUGAUCGUCAGUGAAUUUAUUCUCUUCUCACAGUUAUUGGUAUCACUUUAUCUGAGAUAGGUUAGAGAGAUCCUCUGCUGGUCCGUUAUUAACUGAUGUUGGUUGUCCUACUUAUUGUUCAGCAGAAUCCAUGGUUGCUUAAAAGGUAUUUAAUAUAUGCAGCAAAUUGUAUAGCGGUCACGGUUACACAUUGUAUACUGUCGUUUAUGUUGGGACAUUGGUUGUAACAUCCAAAUUUCAUUCAUCUCUACCAGUUUUGGUUUUAUGGAGCAAAUUUUGAA